AUCUUGUUCUGUUCUCUCGACGUGUUUCCAUGGCGGAUUUUGAAAAUGGGAAUGUCUUAAUCUUUACAUUUGAGGAUUUGAAAUCAUUUACCAACAAUUUCAAUGGCAACAAUCUGAUCGGAAUCACUCAGUCCGGCAGAUUUUACAGAGGGCAGCUCCGACCACCGUGGUUGGCUGCAAUUAUUACAGAGACUCGAAUCGUGACGGUGAAAAUAUGGGAUCAAAAGCAAGAAUUGGAGAAAGAAAAAGUCAACCAAUUGUAUUUUCAGGAAGAACUGAAGUUAAUAACACACCAAUCUCUAAGAAACAAUCCAAGUUUGGCGAAAUUGAUUGGUUAUUGCUGCGAAGAUGGGGUUAAAGGUUUCGUUUAUGAUCUGAAUCCAUUGGGUUUGUUGCAAAAUCUUAUGGCAAGAGAUGAUCGUAUUAAUUGGUUCCAAAGAGUUGAUGUAAUUCUCGAACUUGCUCGACUGUUGGACUUCAUUCACAGUCAAGAGAACCAAAGUCUUGGCUUCCAUUUUAGUGCAUCAAAUAUACUGCUUGAUUGGGUUAGUUGUCUUCUUACUUUAAACAAUGAAGAGUUAUCUCAUGAAUCUUCAACAUUGCUAAUCUGUUCAUUCCAACAGGAUUGCAAGCCGAAACUAUGCAGAUUCAAGCCGAUUAGCGACGACAGAAUGAAUGCUGACCUCUACAAACUUUCCAAGUUUACACAGCUCCCUUCCGGCUAUUUUCAUCCAUCUAUAAGAGGUGAGAGUGAAGGAAAAGUGAACUCUGAUGUAUAUUCGUUGGGGGAAAUUCUGCUGGGACUUAUAGCCAAAAGAGAUGUUGAGCCUCAGAAUCUGGAAAAACAAAAUCAUCAAGAAUUUGUAAACAGCUCAGUGAGCAUUUGGGCAAAGAAUGAAUAUAGACCGAAUGUUUCACUUGUCCAUGAAAGCUUGCAAAAAGACUGGGGUUACAGCACAGAAGAGGGGAUCAAACUCACGGAGCUGGCAAUGCACAGUAUAGAAUUCUUUCCAAGAAAUCGUCCGAGCAUAAAGCAAAUACUUCAGCAUCUCGAAGCGUUGCAAGUUACUCGACGUCUUUCUGAUGACAGACCUAGAAAAAAGGAAAGAAAACUUCCUAGUAGCUCUGUAGGAAUGUAAAAUCAUCAUCUUAACGAGUCAUGUAUUUAUAUAGCAGUUAGUACUCACUAGUUCUCAGCUCUCUUAACAUUAAUGAAAGCUUCAAAUACAGACCAUGACUAAUAUUGUAGUUGUAACUCUUCAAUAUAGCUUGAGGAAGAGAAAUAGAAAAUCAGUUUGAAGUUUC